UCUAGGUCCAGAAGCUACAACGAAUGGUAAUGGUAGUGGUGCAGUGGUUUUUAAUGAUAUGUUAGAUUGGUUAAAAUCUGAUUUUGAUGAAUUGGAUUUACAAACAAAAGAGGGAGCAGUAUCAAUUUCACAAAAUACAAGAUCAAAAAAGAAACUUUAG